AUGGCGACCGGGUUCCCGGCGAUGAUGGCCGUCCCGGGUGCCGUUCCUAUGUCACCCUCCGGCACGCCGGUCACUCCAAUGACACCAGUGACGUUUUCACCUCGCCAGCUUCUGCAACACGCUGUGCAGGGCGUGCACACGCCGACUGCUCCGGGUCCGCGGUUGGCCGGCGUCUACCGCCAGGGACAGGUGCUUCCUACUCCGGCGUCGUUUCAGCAGGUUCCCUUGGGUUGGCCCGCUGGCAUCGUGCCUGCAGGCGCCGGGACCAAAGUGGUGGUCAGUCCGACCCAGGCUUGCGCGAGCCCGGGACGGAUUCUUUAUGGGUGGCCUCGCCGGCGUCAACUCCCGUCAAGGCAAGCUCAGAUCUCGGGUGAUUCAGAUUUCCGGGUCUUCGAGGAUGGGAUCCUGGAUAAGUGGGGUGUAAUUGUAUACUUCGUCGCAUGUGGCAUGAUUGGAUCUUCAACCGACGCCGUGCAUUGGGCUCUUCUGGCAGACGUCGUGCUCCAGGGGCGGUAUCUGAUCCCAGCAGACGUCGCACUAACACUGUCCCGAGCGAUCCGGUAUGCGGUGCUUCCGACAGGCGCCGCGGUGGUGUUUCAGACGACUUCGGCGCACGACGCCGUGGCAGACGACUGUGCUCAUCCCGCCGUUUCUGCCUCCUUGCCUACGGGGUUCACCGAUGCUUUGACAGAGCGGCUGGCCGAUGGAGGCCGGCAUUUGGUGGGAAGCGGCUGUCCAGGCCACCGUGUUUUUGAGCAGGCGACUGCCGGGGCCCCUUUCGGCUGGCCAUUCGAUCAGAGGAUGCUGAGCAGGAACUUGGAAGCCUGCCCUUGUGGUGGGGCAGAAGGCAACGAUCCAUGCUUGGGGCAGCUCUUCUGCGCAUUGAGCCUGACGCAAUCCGUGGGUGGCCUCCCACGAAGCAUUGCUCAAGGAAACGUGGAUACGCAUGUGAUCACGAUUGAUGGGCAACAGGACUUGGAGAACGUCAGCUACGCCGUAGAAAAUGGACGCAUGAAGGCUUCAGCUGUCCGCCCAUUGAGUACUGGGGACGGCACGGACCUGGAGCUUGUCCCCGACAGUCUCUACUAUUUGAUCAUGACUGUGGGUUCCACGAAGUGUGGCGUGAACCAAUACGUCAGCUAUCACAAUCCAUCUGCAUUGCAAACUCACGUUUGCUUAAUGACUUUGUCUGCCACGUUUGAGUGCAAGCCGGCUGCAGAUUGGCCAGACACACCGCCAGCUCUGUCGACCACUGGUUCCUCGACGUCAACGUCGACGUCUAGCAGCUUCACAGUGACCUCAUCCUCUGGUACCAAGACGGCCAUUUCGACCACGACCUCCACCACGGCUUGGGAGUGGGAAGGGGGACCUUCUUUGUCUUUGUCGAACGGCGUGCAGGAGGCGAAGCCUUGCAUGCUGGCGCUGACCGGCAUUUUCCUGUUCUUUGAGCAGUGUUUGUAG